AAUCGACCAAGUUGAAAGGAAAAAAGUACGUUUUUGAAACGCUCGGAGAAAUGCGUUUAUCUAAGAUUCUAAAUGUUAAACUUUGCAAAGUUUGCGUUUUCUGAAUCUCGACAUUUGAAAGGAAAGGAUAGUCAUGUAUAUUGAAUUAUUGGCAUAGCUUAAUAUAUUUACGUUAAGUAUCGAUAGUAUUAAUUAUUAUUUCAUAUGCAUAUGAAAUGCAUUCAUGUAGUAAUUCUCAGAGACAGGAUUGUGUGAGUGGCUUCUUGAAACGACCGUUUGAAAUUGACUGGUUUGAUACAGUACACGUGCCUCCUGCAAGCUCCUGCCUCGAAGUUUAAUUGGGCUUGAAUCUGAUCACUGGCGUUCGGAUGAAAGUACAUUCGGCACCGCUUCAUCAUGUUGCCAAAGUGGUUCCUUUUUUUAGUCACCGUUUUUUUGUUUUUCGCACCUCUGUGUUCGUCUUGCCCGAGUCGGUGCCUUUGCUUUCGGACCACAGUGCGAUGCAUGCAUUUAAUGCUAGAAAACGUCCCCGAGGUUUCCGCACAGACAACUAUUCUGGAUCUACGGUUCAAUCGUAUUAAAGAAAUUCGCCCAACAGCCUUCAAGAGACUGAGGAAUCUGAACACUUUGCUGCUCAACAAUAACCAAAUUAGGGGGAUUCCACGGCGGGCCUUCGAGGAGUUGGAAAAUCUGAAGUAUCUAUACCUUUACAAAAAUGAAAUCCAGACAAUUCAAACACAAGCAUUCAAGGGAUUGGUUUCACUGGAACAGCUGUAUCUUCACUUCAAUAAUAUAGAAGUGUUAGAAUCUGAAACUUUUACUGACCUUCCUAAACUUGAAAGAUUGUUCUUGCACAACAAUAGACUGUCAAGAAUACAUCCAGGGACUUUCCACCAACUUGAAUCAUUGAAAAGACUUCGCUUGGACUCCAAUUCACUGAUCUGUGACUGUGAGUUAGUGUGGCUGGCAGAACUUCUGAAGAAGUAUGCUGAACAUCGUAACGCCCAGACAGCUGCUACCUGUGAGCAUCCCAGUAGACUGCAGGGACGGUCAAUUACAACAGUAACAGUGCAGGAGUUUAAUUGCGAAAGACCUCGCAUCACUUCUGAGCCACAAGAUGUGGAUGUUACUCUGGGAAACACAGUUUACUUUACUUGUCGGGCAGAGGGCAACCCUAAGCCCAAUAUCAUCUGGCUCCACAAUAAUAAUGAAAUAGAUAUGAAAGAUGACAAUCGUGUGAAUCUGUUGGAAGAUGGUACACUGAUGAUUCAGGACAUAAAAGAGUCAGACCAAGGAGCCUACCAGUGCAUGGCUAAAAAUGUUGCAGGAGAGGUCAAGACAAAUGAAGUAAUCCUCCGGUAUUUUGGAACACCAUCAAAACCCUCUUUUGUGAUUCAGCCUCAGAACACGGAGGUAUUGAUAGGAGAAAGUGUCACACUUGAAUGUGGAGUUUCAGGACAUCCUCAACCUCGCAUCGUCUGGACUAAGGGUAAUAACGACCCAAUUCCUGAUGAUCUCAGGUACACCAUCACUUCUUCUGGUGGGCUCUUCAUGCAGAAUGUCACCUUCAAGGAUCAGGGCCAGUACAACUGUAAUGCAAGCAACACUGAAGGGUCUAUCCAGGCUGUCGCCCACAUCAUCGUACAAGAUGGUCCUAGAUUCUCUGUGAUUCCCAGCAAUCAGGUCGUUGUGGAGGGAACUGCAGUGGAUUUUUAUUGCCUUGCAGAGGGAACCCCAGCUCCUGUAAUUGCCUGGACCAAAGCAGGUGGUCAGUUGCCAAAUGACCGAAGACAUACUGUUUUAUCCACUGGAACACUGCGUAUUGCGAGAGUUGCUGCGCAUGAUCAAGGCCAGUACGAAUGUCAUGCAAUUAGCGUUGUGGGAGCUAAACAUGUGCCAGUACAACUGACCGUUGAGUCACUCGUAACACCAGUGUUUAUUCAUACACCAUAUGACACUACAGCGGAAACUGGUCAGGAUGUAGAAAUUCGAUGUUCCGCUCAAGGGGAACCUCACCCAAUCAUUACAUGGACCAAGGACGGUGUACAGAUUACAGACAGUGGAAAGUUCUUUGUCACUCCAGAAGGAUCUCUAAUUAUUCGAGAUGUUGGAGAAGCCGAUCAGGGCCGAUAUGAGUGUAUUGCCCGUAAUGCAUUUGGCUUUGUCUCCAGUAAUAUGUUGUUAACUAUCACUGCCCUGGAGGGUGGGCGAACUGGUGAUACAUUUGUUGAAGAGUCUCUCCAGGAAGCCAUUAACAGCAUUGACAGUGCAAUUAAUUCAACACGAAGGGAUUUGUUUGACAAGCGCCCACGUACCCCAAAUGAUCUAUUGGCCCUAUUCCGUUACCCACGUGACCCCUAUACUGUGGAAGCAGCAAGAGCAGGUGAAAUCUUUGAGAGAACACUACAAUUGAUUCAGGAACAUGUUCAGCAAGGUCUAACUGUGAACCUUAAUAAUACAAGUUAUCGCUAUAACGAUCUGGUUUCUCCACGGUACCUUAACAUGAUAGCUAAUAUUUCAGGCUGUACAACUCACAGACGUUCCCCUGACUGUGCAGAUGUUUGUUUUCACCAAAAGUAUAGAACACACGAUGGUACUUGUAAUAACCUGCAGCAUCCAAUGUGGGGAGCAUCUCUGACUGCUUUUGAAAGACUUCUGAAGCCAGUCUAUGAAAAUGGAUUUAACCUUCCCAGGGGCUCCAGUCUGCACCCAAAGGACAGUAGGUGCCCUCUUCCAUUACCUCGUCUGGUAUCCACAACAGUAGUUGGCACUGAAACUAUCACUGCAGAUGACCAGUAUACUCAUCUAUUAAUGCAAUGGGGUCAAUUUCUAGACCAUGACUUGGAUUUAACAGUGGCUGCACUAAGUAUGUCUCGGUUUUCUGAUGGAGAGCCAUGCAACAAGUUCUGCACCAAUGAUCCUCCAUGUUUUCCAAUUUUAAUCCCAGAUGAUGAUCCUCGUGUGAGGAAUGGCCGAUGUAUGUUCUUUGUGCGCUCCAGUCCUGUAUGUGGCAGUGGAAUGACCUCCUUGUUGAUGAAUUCAGUUUAUCCAAGAGAACAGAUUAAUCACUUGACAUCCUAUAUUGACGCUUCUAAUGUUUAUGGGAGCACAGAGCAUGAGUCACGGGAGUUAAGGGAUCUAACUAAUCAACGUGGUCUAUUAAAGGCCGGUCAGAAUGUACCAAAAUCUGGUAAACAUUUGUUGCCUUUUGCGACAGGUCCACCAACUGAAUGCAUGAGGGAUACAAAUGAGAGUCCUAUUCCUUGCUUCCUUGCAGGCGAUCACAGAUCCAAUGAGCAUAUUGCAUUGACAGCGAUACACACACUGUGGUUCCGUGAACACAACCGAAUUGCAACAGAGCUACUGAAGCUCAAUCCACAUUGGGAUGGUGAGACCAUCUAUCAUGAAGCACGCAAAAUUGUUGCUGCACAAAUGCAGCAUAUCACAUAUACACACUGGUUAUCCAAAAUUGUGGGAGAUGUUGGAAUGAAAAUACUUGGUGACUAUAAGGGCUACAAUCCAAAUAUCAAUGCAGGUAUUGUCAAUGCUUUCGCUACAGCAGCUUUUCGUUUCGGUCACACUCUCGUUAAUCCAAUUCUGUAUCGAUUGAAUGAAUCCUUCCAGCCAAUUCCUGAAGGUCAUCUUCCAUUGCAUAAAGCUUUCUUCUCACCAUUCAGACUUAUCCAGGAGGGUGGUAUCGAUCCACUUCUCCGUGGCCUUUUUGGCGUCCCUGGAAAAAUGAGGGUUCCAACUGAACUUUUGAACUUGGAGCUCACAGAAAAGUUGUUCUCCAUGGUGCAUGCUGUUUCCUUGGAUUUAGCAGCAAUGAAUAUCCAACGUGGGCGUGAUCAUGGAAUACCUCCAUACAAUGACUACAGGGUUUUCUGUAACCUCACAUCUGCACAGAGUUUUGAAGAUUUGAAAAAUGAGAUCAAGAACCCGGAGAUUCGAGAAAAGCUAGAAAGGUUAUAUAGGUCUCCACGGAAUAUAGAUCUUUGGCCUGCCUUGAUGGUAGAAGAUUUGAUACCUGGAACAAGAGUGGGACCUGUGCUAUUGUGCCUGCUUAGCACUCAGUUCCGUAAACUAAGAGAUGGAGACAGAUUCUGGUAUGAAAAUCCAGGAGUGUUCACUCCAGCCCAGCUAACUCAGAUAAAACAAGCCUCAUUGGCACGAGUUAUAUGUGACAAUGGAGACAAUAUCGAGCAGGUUCAACCAGAUGUCUUCAGAGUGGCAAAUUAUCCUCAGGGCUUUGUUAGCUGCAAGGAAAUUCCACAGAUUGACCUCCGCAUGUGGCAAGACUGCUGCGAAGACUGUACAACUCGGGGACAAUUCAAUACUCUGUCACAAAGCUUCCGUAACAAGCGUUCAGAGGAGUUCAGCUUCCCAGAAUCCGACUCUGCAAAUCACAAACGGGCAACCCAGCAAAGUGAGAGAGAUGGGAAAGUUCAGGAAAAGGUUUCCAACUCCUCUUCUCUACAACAUGACAAUUGUGGAGCUGAACUGGAAAACCUAAGGAGAAAGAUAGAAAAGCUUGAAGCUCAUUUGAAAUUAACAGGCUGCAUUGACAAAGCGGGGAACAUAAGGCGUGAAGGUGAACAUUGGCAAACAGAUUCAUGCACAUUGUGCCAUUGUAAGGAUACAGAGACCAAAUGUGUGGUGAUAACCUGCCCCCAGAACUGCAAGAACCCAGUUAAGAAGCAAGACGAAUGUUGUCCUGUCUGCGAGAAGUGACACCAGUAAAGAUGGCCAGUAAAAAAAAACAAAAAUCAACAGAUCAUAUCAUCUCUGUUGACAUCAGGCACUGAAUACAUCUGUGAUUGUUUGAAAUAUUCUGCAUUUUUAUUACAGUUCAUCUCUACUCUCUUCCCCACCACCUUGCAAACAUUGGCCAGAGGCUUGGUCUUCAUGGUCAACAUGGACAUAUUGACUGUUAAUUUGAAGUAGUCCCAGUCUCUCAACUUUUCUCUCAUGGCUGCCAGUUACAAAGUGCACUGUUUUAAAGAAACAUAUCCUCUUUACAGUGAAUAUCACAUUGGGAUUCCUGCAAACACAACAUUUUUAACGAUGCAAACUUCAAGGUGCUUCAUAGUUACCUCAGAAUAAGGGAUUUCUCAUCACUGUGGUGCUAAAUAUUUUGUUUUUAUCAUUUAGAAAGAUAUUACGUAUUUGAUUUUAUACAUUGUACCAAAUUUUAAAUUUGUUGGACUUGUUGCUAUGUAUACACUGUUACAUUUGCUCAUCAGUUGGAGCUUCAAUGAUUUAUAUCAUUGAAGAUAUAACUUGUUCCACCAGAGUUGAAAGGUGAAUACUCUUAAAAUUUCCCAGUAAUGUUUUUAGCGAUUAUGCCCCAUUUCUUAGGCUAAGUGUCAUCAACCUCACUACCAACUACAGUAUGUUGUAAGAACUGGCCCGCAUUAUGAUGUGUAUUGAUUAAGUUGGCUGCUUUAAGUAUGUGGUGAAUUUUCUGUGGGUCCUUCACCAUCCAUCACAUGAUGAAAAUUCGAGUGAUGUGAGCCUUGAUAUUUCCCUCAAAUUAAUUCUUUAUUUUCAUGAAUUAUGUUCCUAAUGGUGAAGGCACAAAGCAAUGAACACAAAGUUGAAAAUAUAUCCUUCACUGAUAUAAUGUAUAAAUAAGAGAAUCAUUUGUCCUGGUCCCAGGUUUAAGGGUCUCUUUGAGUUUUUUUUUUCUGUUGCCAGCAACAACCAUGCCUGGUACCAGCUCAAAAGCAUUUAAUUUUAGUGUAUGGAAAGUCACAGCAGUGUGUCUGUCCUGUCCCCAUCCCCAGCUUGCUCUUGGAAAGUUACCCCAAUGGCUUGUACCUGUUUUCACUGCUCAUCAUGUUGUAAUUUCACUUGUGUAUGAAGUGAAACUUUCUACAUGACACUGUAUGUACUUUGCCACUCUGGAAAAAAAAGUCUUCAAUUAAAAACACAUGUAUUUUU